AUGACGAGAAUCAAGAUGCCAACCUCCAAGUAUGAUGGCACUUCGGAUCCAGAUGACCACGUGGCUGCUUAUGAAGGCCACAUGUUCCUUUACACUGAUGUGGAUGCCAUAUGGUGCAAGGUCUUCCCAUCCACAUUGACAGGCAUAGCCCAGACAUGGUUCAAAAGUCUAAAGCCAGGUAGCAUUUCUAGCUUCUCCCAGUUGUCGUCCACAUUCAGUACUCAUUUUGUCAGUAAUAGACGCCACGAGCGUACUACGGGAGAGCUGUUAUCUGUCAAGCAGGGGGCCAACGAAAGUUUAAGGGACUAUAUCGGUCGCUUUAAUGUUGAAGCCGUUUCAAUUCCACGCUUACAGCAAGAUGUAGCGGUGCUAGCCUUGAUGACUGGCCUCAAGGAGGGGUCACCAUUUCGAAAUUAUCUGGGUCGUAAAUCUUACACCACUCUGGGUCCCGUCCUGGGUAAAGCAAAUGAUUAUAUCAGGGGGGAGGAGUUUGACAAAGCUGUGGGUAACCGUGAAUCUGAGAAGAAAGAGGAUAAGCAAAAGAAAGAUAAGGGCCGUGAAUCUGAUCGCCCCGAGAUGAUAGACGACAAGAGUCGCAUAUGGUAA